AUGAGUCAUUUCAAAGAUACUGUUUACAGCAAAGCCCCCUUCAGUGUUCGCGUUGUAGAAUUUGACUGCCUCAAUUGUGGUAGACGUUGGAGUUGUGCAAAUGGAAGCCUAGAAGACUAUCAAAAAUGCAAUAAUUUUUACGCUGAAUGCUACCCUGUGGGUUCUAGAAUACGGGAACCCACCAGGUUUGGCAAUGAGAACAGACAAACACUUCAAGGACAUAACAAAGAUAUAUGUGGCAAGUGCGCAAGGUUAGGAAGAUCGUGUAUGAUGCUGAGCAACGAAAGCGACAACGACACUGACGAUGUGGAUACGUACAUGAAGAUUAUACCCCAAGCACGUCAAUUGAAUUCAAGAGGCUAUCAUCAAGAUGAAGAUCGACCUGUUACUGGAAACUAUUCGCCCAAGCAAUCGCCUGAAUUGACUACGCUGGCGCUUCGCUACCUUCCAGAGCCUUAUGCACCAAACUAUUCAAACAGGAUUAGGCUAGCUACAACUUCAAAUGACAUUACAUCCCUAGGAAUGACUGUAGCAGAAACGUUGAAAAAUGUGAUUCAUAGUGCUCAAGAGAAAGCAGCAAAUGAACCAUGGGAUGGCACUUUUAUUUACGAGGAUUGUAAUGAAGAAGAGGACGAGGACAAGAACCAACGAGAUACUAAUACAUUAAACGAGAUAUGGGAUUAUGAAGCCUCUGUCUUUAAUCAAGAUGAAUGCGAUGACUAUGAUGAAUUGCAUUACAACAGCGUGCUCAAUCGCCUUGAUGAUGAACUGGACUUCAGCAGUGAUAAUGACGAAGAGGAGGAAUCUAACGAGAAUAAAAUAGUUGCUUUUGAUGACAGCAACGACAUUGAGCCCUAUUUCUACCAAGAUGAUCAAAACUACUCCUUAAGCCGAGAUGAAGAAGCUUGUUUUGAUGAUAUAGAUAAUUUGUCGUCUGAUGAUGAUUUGUACAAGAAGCAAAUAAGAAACCGAUUACUUCGCAGAGGAAGAAGGCAUGUCUUACAAGGUCGAAAGAACUCUUUGAAAUUAAUUGUUGGUUGA